AAUGGGGACACUUCUCAUUUCAAAGAUAAGAGAGGAAUACCCAGACAGGAUGAUGCUGACAUUCUCUGUUUUCCCAUCUCCAAAGGUCUCGGACACUGUUGUAGAGCCUUACAAUGCAACCUUGUCUGUUCAUCAGCUUGUGGAGAAUGCAGAUGAGUGCAUGGUUCUUGAUAAUGAGGCACUCUAUGACAUUUGUUUCCGUACCCUCAAACUUACAACUCCUAGCUUUGGUGAUCUGAAUCACUUAAUAUCUGCAACCAUGUCUGGAGUUACUUGUUGCCUCAGAUUCCCUGGCCAGCUUAACUCUGAUCUGCGGAAACUUGCUGUGAAUCUCAUUCCUUUCCCCCGUCUUCACUUUUUCAUGGUUGGGUUUGCUCCACUUACCUCACGUGGUUCACAACAAUACCGAGCUUUAUCUGUCCCUGAGCUUACUCAGCAAAUGUGGGAUGCAAAGAACAUGAUG